CUGAGGUCUACACCAUGCUCCACUUCUGGUUCUUUGAUGACGCCCACCUCUGCCGUGCCCGCUACUUCUCCACCUCAGUCACCAUUGUGUCCUCUGCCUGUCUUCUGCUCGCUUUCUCCGUCGACAGGUACCGAAAAGUAUGCCGUCCGUUUGGCAGGCAACUGACUGUGAGACAAGCUAAGGUUCUGUGCGUCUCCAUCACUGUGUUCUCGUCAGUUGCCAGCGUCCCAGUCCUCAUACUCUUCGGGACUCAGACAAGACCGACCCUUCGACCAGACAUCGUCGGUUACGAGUGCUCUACAGACGACAGUUUCGUAAAUACCAUCUGGCCGAUGGUCUACAUGGGUUUCCUCCUCUUCCUUUUCUUGGUAUGCUGCAUCCCUCUAGUCGUUUUAAACGUCUUGGUCCUCAUUGCAGCAUGGCGUCGCAGAACAGUUCACGGGUUUUCCACUUCGUCCCCCGCGCACUUAAACGUAACUUCCGAAAGCAAUUCUCACUCAAGUACGUCCGGCCCAGUGACAUUGUUCACCAACGACAGCUCAUCAAGUGGGGCUAGUAUGUCCCAAAAACAAAUGGUUGAAAUGAAUCAUCUAAACCAUCCUGUAGGUGAUAAUGCAAGUAAGGCGAGAAAUGAAACUCCGAAUACAAGCAAAGAAGGCAGUGCUUUUAGAAGUAUGGGAAGAGUGACAGCGCAAACAGCGGAAAGAGGGAUGGUUUUUUCAAGUGAAAAUGACCGGUCGGGUAAAAAUGGAGAAGGAAUACUAUGUGGUGCAAAAGAGGACGUGAGUGAUCAAAAAGCAACGGACUCUUGUUCUAGUCAGCGCAGGAAAACAAAACAGGUCUUAAAGCCAUCUGCUAAAAAGGUUUCAUUUAUUCGGACAUCAGCUCAAGAAGACUGCAUUCGUCCAGAUCCUAAUUCCACAAAUGCAGAGAAAGAUAAAGGACAAAUCACUGUCGUCAUCCCUGAAACUAGCAACGAACAGAACAUCAAAAAGAAGAAUCCGGCUGGUGAAAAAACUGACGUGUCUGUCACAAAUCCUCUUAGGAAAUUAAGACCAAGAGUCAUCCAAAUCUUGGCUUCUGUGACCAUAAAGAAAUCGUCUGCUUCUACUUUAGGUCAACCCGCCCAAAAACGCCGCAUGGGGAAGACGACCACUAAGCUUACCAUCGUCAGCGCCGUCUACAUUAUCAGCUUCCUUCCUUUUCUAAGUGCCAUGCUUUUUUAUGUAACCUCCUUGGCGAAGUUUGAAACCAUGGACGACGUGAGCCUAACAUUCUAUAACCUGUUCCUGAGGUUUUACUAUCUGAACAGUGCAGCCAAUCCGGUCAUUUACAGCUUGUGUGACGCCAUAUUCUGGCGUGAUUGUCUGCAACUUUUUAAGUGCAAAAGGAAGGUUUGGAAUUUAAAAAACGCAAACUAGUUUUAUUGGAUUUCUCUUCUUGUACUUAUUGAAUUGACAAGACUUAUAUCAUUACGACAUGUAGCGUUGUAUCUAAAUACAGAAUACUAGGCAGUACCUUUUAUCUGCCUCUUUGAGAGCUACUUUGAAAUUUUAGUUUCUGGUACCUACUCUUUGCUGAUAAGUUCAAAAUACAUACGACACUAUUUGCACUGAA